AUGUCCGCUCCCGUCAUCCCCCCCGGCGGCACCAUUGUCCAGACCUUCCGCCAGUCGUUUGUCGACGUCCCCGUCGACAAGGAGAAGGACAAUGCCAUUGCCACCACUCAGUUCCUCGACGCUGCCGAGUCCCUGACGACCAUCUUCGAUGCCCUCGGCUCCGUCGCCUUCUCCCCCGUCAAGUCGGACAUGCUCGGCAACAAGCUCCGUGACCGCCAGCUCGCCGCCCCCGCCGAGUCCGAGAACAUCCAGGACCUCUGCCGCAACGAGCUCAAGACCAAGAAGCACACCGCCACCGAGGGCCUUCUGUGGCUUGUCCGUGGCCUCGAGUUCACCUGCAUCGCCCUCAGCCAGAACCUCGCCAAGCAGGCCGAGGAGCUCGCCGACUCGUUCCGCGGCGCCUACGGCCAGACCCUCAAGCCCCACCACAGCUUCCUUGUCAAGCCCAUCUUCAGCGCCGCCAUGAGCGCCUGCCCCUACCGCAAGGACUUCUACGCCAAGCUCGGCUCCGACCCGGCCAAGGUCCAGGAGGAACUUCGCGUCUACCUCGCCUCCCUCGAGAAGAUUGUCGGCAUCCUCAAGGGCUUCCUUGACUCCAAGGAGGCCAAGUGGUAA